AACACGGAAGGACCCAUGAUAGAAGAUAAUAGACAACACGCCUCGCUGUAAUCGCUUCUCAGAACGAGUUUUAGGAAAAAAUAACGGUCGUGCGUCGGGUCUGGUGUAAGAUUUAACUGAGUGAUGAUGGUGUCGACAAUGCAUCUGUAGCCGAAGCUGCUUCUGCGUCAUUGAAACACAACAACAAACUGUUUGCAAGAAGAAGCCGAGAAGAUGCCAGCUCGUAACGUUGUGUCCAACGACAGCCCGAACAGUAAAGUUAGGUACUCCAGGCUGGCCACUGAUGAUGACGGCUACACCGAUUUACAGUUCAAAAGAAGCCCACCCAAAGUCCCAUACAAAGCCAUAGCACUAGCCACAGUCCUCUUCUUGAUCGGCUCGCUGUUAAUCGUCAUUGGCUCCCUUCUCCUGGCUGGAUACUUUGGAGCCACUCACUCAGACAGAACUUUUCCUGUCCUUAUCAUUGGGAUCCUUGUCUUCCUCCCUGGAAUUUACCACCUACGAAUAGCUUACUAUGCAUCGAAGGGCUACCGGGGCUACUCCUAUGAUGACAUCCCGGACUUUGAUGACUGACAGACACCACAGCUUCAGCCACUGUCUUCAUGCACUCAUGUAUACUCCUAAUACUCUGCUUUUGCUAAUUUAAAGGCGCUGACAUUUUGAAAGAAAACAAGCUUAAAUAGAUUCUGUAAAUGACCUUCAUCUAAAUCUGGAUGAUUUUGAUGUUGCCGUCAUAGGGUUGCAUGCCGAGGUAGUUGGUGCCAGCCUGCUGUUCUGAAGCCAAAUCAGUAUCAGACAUUGUUUGAUUUGUAUAUUUAUUUUGUUGGCUUGAUAAAUCAAUAAAACUAUAAUUUGA